AUGUUCAAGAUUCUCGCCCUUAUUGCCUGCUUGGUCAUUGUUGCCUCUGCCCAAUACCACGGUGAACCCGAGCACAAGGAACACUACGCACACCCGAAGUACAAGUUCGAGUAUGGUGUCAAGGAUCCCCAUACCGGUGACCACAAGAGCCAGUGGGAAGUCCGUGAUGGCGAUGUCGUCAAGGGAGCCUACACUCUGCACGAAGCUGAUGGAACCGAGCGUGUGGUCGAGUACAAGUCGGACGGUCACAACGGAUUCGAGGCUGACGUAAAGAAGGUCGGUCAUGCUCAUCAUCCGCACCAUGGAUAUUCCGGUGCCAGCUACGUUAACGUUGACAAACACUACUAA